UUAAAAAGAUACUGGCAACACUGCGCCCGACCGUCCGUCAUUCAUUAGUCCGACAUACUACGACAGCUCAUCGGCUUUUAUUUUCGUUUCGAUGAUAGUACUAUCUAAUAUCGUAUACAAAUACUCCAAGAAAAAGUGCAAUUAAAGUAAAUAACGAUAUGUGGGAUCCAACACACGUUCAAGUAACGAUCCAAAGGGCUCGUGGACUUCUGAUAAAGGGUAAAAACGGUACCAAUAACUGUUUUGUGACCAUCGCCCUCGGCAAGGAAAAAUUCCAAACUUCCGUCAAACACAAAGCAACCGAGAAUGUAGAAUGGUUAGAGGAAUGUGAGCUGAGCAUACCUUCGCAAGGAAAUACAGCAGAAAUUGUUUUAAAAGUGUAUGAUGAAGAUUUUGUUAAGGAUCACUUACUAGGUCAAGUAUCGAUUCCGUUAAAAGACCUCGAUGUUUAUGAGCGGCCAAGAAACCGUUGGUAUACUUUGCAGGGCAAACCUGGUAAGGAAAGUGAUAAAAAAAGAGGAGAAUUGGAAGUAAAAAUCGGCUUCACUGUAAAAGAAGGAAGUCUAAGUGACCUUAGCAAAAAAGACAAACACAGAUCCUCUUUGUCGAGUAUUGCACACAAUGUUGGCGGUAGUCUUAUGAGCAUUGGAAGUAUUGAAAAAAGGAAAGGCCUAAAGAAAUUUGCAAAAAACCUUGGCUCAAAAAUCAACUUGAGUAAAAAAGACAAAAAAAGUGACUCAUCAUCACUCAGUGGUAGUAUUAGUAACUUAAAGAGCUCAGCUCUGUCAACUCCUGAACACUCUACUCCCAAGCGCCUAACAGCAGGUGAAGCUGAUCCUGGAGUUAUCAGUGAAGAUGAAGAUGAGUUUGCUUUUGAUGAUUUAUCUCAUAAAAGUUCAGGCAGUUCCCUUAAUGUUAACACUUUGCCUCGAGGUCAUAAAUAUACUCCAUCUCCAAUGAAUGCUUCCCUUGAAAAUCUUGGUGGAGGUGAAAUUUUAAGAAGAUCUACAAGUAGCAACCUGGCUAACUUGGACAAACCAGCUCCUCAUAAACCAGUACGCUUGAGUCUCAAUUUAUUCACUCCUCCACAACUACCAUCUCAAGUAGUAAAUAAAGACGAUGAGUGGUCUCAGAAACUCUAUUCCAAACCAAAAUCUAACAGCCAAACUACAAUUGAUAGAGAAAAAUCAUCAAGUCUUGAAAGGAACAAUAAACUUGAUAGUCCUAGCUCCUUCAAAGAGAAACCAAGCCCUAAAUUCUUUAAAAAGUUUGGAAACAAUAAUAAACCAAAAAAGUUAUUAGAAGAGAGAAUUAUUGUUGGCGAAGAGAAUAUUGUCGAAGAAGAUUCUGUUAACCCUGCCUAUAACAACAUACCUAAAACAGUCAUAGAACAAUUUGAUGGAAAAUCAAGGGAAGACUUAAUUGUUAUGAUUUACAAUUUGCAAAAAGAUGCAGAAUCAGAAAAGAAGAAAAAUAAAGAUUUAGAAAACUAUUUGGAUGAAUUAUUGCUUAGAGUAAUGGAGACCACACCAAGAAUUCUACAAAAUCCAUAUGUAAGGAACAACAGCAUGCACAUAAGAAAUAAAUAACUGUUGAAAAAAAAUAUUUUGAUUUAGUGGGUGGCUUAUUUGUUUAUGGAAUGUUUACAUUUUUAAUUUAAAGUAAGUAAAAUUUUAUUUAUUCUGUUUGUUUGAAACUUCUCAUUUGUUAUAUAAUAAUUCUAAAGCAGUUACAUUAUUAAUAUGCAUUGCUUUCACCAUGUGCAAUUGUUUAAAUUACUGUUUAGAGAGAUCUUAUCACGUCUUAACUUAGUGCCUUAUACAGUUUUUGUCUGUGAUACAAUCAAUUAAAUAAAAAAAUAUUACAUAGGAAAUAUGGUAUGAUUUUACUCUUGCUAUGCCAUAUUUUAUUUAUAAGGUACUUAUGUGUAUACCUUAUAAACAAUUGAAACAGUUAAAUGAGAUCUUCAAAGUGUUUAUUUUAAAAUAUUUGUUUCAUUAUCAAAGAUUUAUUAUCUACCUACAUUUAUUUAUAAAGAGAACAGUGCCAAAUUUAAAACUUGUAAAUUUAUUCAACAAGCAUUUACUUCUUAUGUUAACAGAAUAACAAUUAGACAGUCUGAUUUCUAAAUAAACAUAAUAUGUCAAGAUGGAUGGAAAAAUACUGUCAAGUUGUUACCUAUUCCAAAAUGUGGCCACAGUUAAUCUUCAUUUUUAUAUACUAUGAAGGUGUAUAUCAAGUAAAGAGAUAUAAUCUAAUUUGUUGCAGCUUACAUCUGACAUAAAUUAUGAAAUCAGUUUUUUUUUAAAUAUAUCAACAUAUCUAGAGAUAUGUUUGUUUUAUCUAUAAUAAAUUGUAAAAUGUAACAAAUAUUGAUUAGAGGAAAUAUUCAAUUUUAAGUUUUCAGUAGUAAUUAAGAAUUUACUUGUUUUUAUAAUUACAUCAAAAGUUUAUUAGAGGAAACUAUAUUUAGAUAUAAAUUGCAAAAAUUAGUGUGAUAUAAUGUAAUUAACCUAAAUCUAUUGACAAAGUUGACAUUACUAAAAAGGUAUUUAACAUUGCCAUGCCAUGUGUAACAUGCAAACUAUAUCUAUCAGCUAUGGAUACAGUUAAGUGCAAAAGUCAAUUAAUGAUGACCCUGACUCUAUUUAAUUUGAUCUUUGUUCUUACUAGUUUAAGAGGGAAGACAAAAAUUUUAAAUAGAUAAAAACCUUAACAUUCCAUAAAUACAAUAUUUAAAAAUUGCCAUCAUUGUUAUGCUAAAAUGACUCAGUAAAUAACACAAUGCAUGACUCACUUGACUUGAGAUUAUAUUUGUGUGUCACAGAUAAUAGGAAAGUUAAGUAUUGUAAUUAAAUCCAUCCAAAAGUGAGUGAGAAGAAAUCAAUAUAUUUUUGUAUAAUAGAAAUAAAAGUAGAACUUGUAAUCUAUUUUAAGCUUAAUGAAACAUUUAUUUGGUAUGUACUUUUUAAUUCUGUUUACAAUGGUUAAACAACAUUUAGCAACUAUGAAAUAUUCAAAAUUCUUAGGUGUAGUAAUGCAUGAAAAGAUAAUUUAUUUUAGUACUAGGGGCCCAUACCAGAGUUCUCCAUGCGAUGCAAUUUAUUGAUUGGAAAAAGACUACUGUUCACUGUGUAUAGCUUCAUAUUACUUCCAUAACGGCGUAUGUACCGCAUUAAACUCAUGGUAAAGUCCGCCUUUAUGCUUGUUAAUUCUAAUUAUAGUUAUGCCGCCGUGCAAUUCUGUGGUAAUAAAUAGACAAAUAUUCCAUUAAGAUUUUAAAAUUCUAUGUCUUACCUAGUUUAUUUUAAUAAGAAGACACUUAAACAUAAAAGGAUCUGAAUAUCUAAAAGGGAUUUUAAGUGUCAUAAUAUUUCAAAUAGUAUAAAUAAAUGCCAAGUAUUAGAGAUAUAUUAAUUUGGAUUGCUUUAGGAUAACUUAUCGUGAGUGAUUUUAGCCCUGUAGCAUGGUUAUUAGGUACUUUGAUGUUCAAAGUCUCAAUGUAGAACAAAAUAGGUUGUAUAGCUUUGCUAUUAUUUAAUUUAAAUAUUCUUUUUUUUUUCAAAAACAGACACGUAACUAGGCACUUACAUUUAUUUAACCUACUAGAUGUAAUAACUAGAAUAAAUAUUUCAAAACUAAUGAAAAUAUUUAAUAUUAAAUAAAACGAAUGGUCAAAGGGUUUAGCCGGAUACGUAUGACGAGUCGGCCCCCAAAUGGGAAUCGAUAUUGAAACUUAUGUUUUAAUAUAGACUUGAUGUUCAAACACGAUUUAUGUACUUUUCGCGA